GUUUUGGGUAAUAACUCCAUUGUUUUCAUAGAAAUACGUAAAUAAACUAAUUCCAAAGUUACGCCUACGGUUAGAGCUCCUGCCAUUAUCAGUAUCUCUCCAGGUUAAUUCUCUACUUCGUCUAGGUCUGAUACUACUGGUUAUUAAAUAUCAAGACUGGUAGGUCAUCCAAAAUUAACAGCCAUAAACACUAACUCUUGUAUAAGUAACAUUUAAUACGAAAAGUAAAAGCUUCAAAAAUAUAACUGGAAACAUUAAAUAUAAAUCAACUAACAGUUGUAAAAAAAAAAAAAACACUCAAUACAGGAAGUCUUUACGACACCAGACUCCGCCACAUGGUAAACCUUCUCCAAUUAAGAGUCGCGGUGUGUGUUGACGGUAAUCUGUCAGUUGAAGUUGACAGGAGAGGAAAAGGGGAAAGUUGUAAGGUUGCCGUAAAGAAGAGUGAAUACCGGAACACUUCCUAGUGCUGACGCCGCCCGUGGUUUUGGAAACAACCAGGAGGUUGUUGAGAGGACCUCCGAGGCUGUUGUCAUUGCUGAAGUCUUUGCGAUGGGUAACACCAACAGUAACAGUAGUGGGGAUGAGGAGGAAGUAGAAGUUGGUAGCAGCGGAGCGGUAGCAGCAGAUGGUACUGCAGUUUCACCUACUGUUGUUGCCAGCACAGAUGGGUCUGCACUAAAUACCGGCCUGCCCAGUUCGGAGGUGCUACUGUCACAGUCUGUGCUGCGUGAAACGGCUGCUCGGCUUAAUGAUGUAGUGGCAGCUGAAUCUGCCGUGACCCGCAAUCACAGCGCCUUGAUCCGCUGGCUGGAGGAGAGACAUACCCGUGGGGAAGAGGUUAUUACUCAGGAGCAGUACUGCGAGAUGUUGGAGAACCGGUCCUGCACCAGGGAGGAAUGUGAAGAGUCUUUUGCACAGUUUGAUGCGGAAGGUGAUGGCAUUGUUGAUGUAGAGAACAUGUUGGAAGCCUUAAGAACCUCCACUGGAGCCAAUUUGCAAGGCGAGUUAAGCCAUGUGAUCCGCCAGUUACAGGCAUGCUCUCUUACUCCAGGUUUCGUUGACAUAUUUUCAAAAUCUAAGGAAGAGCUCAGGGUCCAUGCUGCCAAGAUUCUGAAGUUUCUCCACCGUAACAGGAUUUCUAGUAAUGCUGUUCCUUUCCCAAUGCUGGAUGGCUACAACAAUAUACAUACUAUGCGCUCUUCUGUGAUGAAAGACUAUUUGGAGCAAAUUUUGCAGAAAGAAAAUGAUCUGAAUAUUGAGAAGUCUGGUGAUGCCAAAGCGAGCUGUGGUUUGGAUCAAGUUAAAAUGAUAAACAAAUGUUUCAGACGUAUUGAAACAUCUUCUAACUGUGGUGAUAUAGACCGGCUAACAAAUGGGGAAACUUCAUCUUUCUGGCAAUCAGAUGGCAGCGCUCGUUCUCACUGGAUACGGUUGCGGCUCAAACCAGGGAUUAUACUGAGACACCUAUCUUUUGCAGUGGCAGCUGGUGAUCAAAGUUACAUGCCGCAGCAGGUUUCAGUGACUGUUGGAAAACAUCCUAAUCGUCUUCAUGAAAUCCGUGAAAUCCACAUCCCAAGCAAUGUGACAGGCUAUGUGACUUUGCUAGAAAAUGCCAGUAUCAGUUUUCCAGUUGUACAAAUAAACAUCAAACGUUGCCAUAGUGAUGGCUGUGAUACAAGGAUCCAUGGGCUGCGAACUGUAGGUUACAUAGCAACAAAGAAACAGAAACUGUCUGUGUCCGAUGCUUCAGCAAUAUGGUACCUAUCUUUACUGACCUCAUUGGUGACUUCUUCAUUGGAGACUAACCCUGCAUUGGGUCAGACUGUAAUACAGAAUACAAAAAAAGCCCUACAGCAUAUGCCCCCACUUAGUCUGACACAGGCAUCUGCAGAAUUUCCUAACUUUCUUUCGACUAAUGUUUUGGAAGAAGUGGACAGUUUCCUCACAAGAAUUGUCUGUUGCUGUGUUAUUCCUGACGUUGAACUAACUUUGCUGGCUUUUGCUCUGGCUAGAGGCAGUGUUGCCAAAAUAUUAAGUUCCCUUUCCAUCAUCUUUGAUCACCUGGACACUGAGUACAAGGCAUUUUCAUUGAUCAAGUCUAUGGAGACUGUUCGACAAAACCUUCUUUUUAAAUAUGGUAAAGCCCUUAAUUUGACACUGCAAGCAUGCGAUGUGAAAGGAAAAGAAGAGAAGUCUGGCCCAGAAAAUUUAUUGUUGGAUCCUGGCACAGGAGAUGGUUUUCUUUCUGAAACUGGAAAGAACAGAGCAAGUAUUAUUUUUUCAACAGGAACAGACUCUGCACUCCAGGUUACCCAGCUACGGUUGAGGGUCCGCAAAGGAGGUAUAGGUGCUAAAUGUGGCCUUGUAUUUGCAUACAAUCAUGACUCUAAGGGAUUUCAGGCAGAAGAGCACUUUAAAAGAUUUGAAAAAUAUGACACUUGGAAACUGCCAGAACUGAAGGAAUUUAUGAAGGACAGAACCAGUUCAUCAGAUAUCCUUGGGGAGGAUGAUCCUGUGGGUUGGUUUGAGACUGAAGAAGAUUGUGAUGAAAUAGAUGUUCGUAUAACACCAUGUCAAAUUGCAAAGUAUUUGAUGGUAAAAUUCCUGUGCACACGUCAAGAUUCAGCAGAACGUCUUGGAGUUCAGAAUCUCUCCAUCUUUGGGUAUCUCAGACCAUUUGUGGGCAAGGAUGUACAGGUCAUCAUCCCAAAGUGUGAAAAGAACAAGGACGGUACUGUGAGUGGAGCUGCUCUCCUACUGAAUGGACUCAUCUUUGUUCAGCAGCUGACAUUAGACUUGGUACAACAGAAUAGCACCAAGGAAAAGCAAAAAUUAUUCCUGGAUUUCUCUGGCCUUAAUAUAAGACUGUUUUGGAAUUUUUACAAGAAACUUCAGGAAAAUGCAAGAGAAGAAUGCAUCCAAGCACAAACUGUACUUUUAAAGUUACUUCAGAACUGUUGUUCUUUAUCCUCUGGCUCAGACCAGUCUCUGCUGUCUGAAGAGUCUACAGGGAGUGAACAGUCAUCGCUAACUGAAUUGGGACAGGAGUUUUUUAGGCACCUUUGUGAAGUGGUUGAUAGUACAGAUGAAGAGUCUGAUUCUCUGAAGGCUCUUAAGGAAGAAGUUACAAAUACAGUACUCAAUGGAGCAGCCAUCUUUUUCCCAGAUCAACAGACUCGACGGGACAGACUCUUCAACUUGUUGAAUGUUGUUGUUGUUGAAAAGAAUCAGUCCCCAUCUGUGCAGCUGACUUUCAGGUCCUUGUGCAAUUAUUUCAGUGCUCAGGAUCCAAGUGGUCUCUUGCUUUUACCAAAGAAGGGAAUUCCUUCAGAUUUUGAGAUGAAACCAGUUCUAACAGUUAUGGAAAACUUGUUGUCAGCAGCUACUGGAGAGUGUAAAAUGAUGAUGAAAGAUGCUUCACAACAGGAAAAUGGAACAAUCUUGUCUUCAUUAUUCUGGGCAGUACAGGGAAGCUUCUUGACUUGGUGCUACUUGCAACUCAAAGUCACAGACACUGAGGCUCCACGACAAGCACGGGAUCUUCUUGUGAAAUAUGUUGAACUCUUUUUGUCCAGUACCAGAACAACUCUUAAGAAACUCAUGGAGAACUAUACAGGAAAUGACAUAAUGGAAAAGUUGAAGAGCUCUGUUCUUGCCAUGGCAGCACGUCAGUUGGUCAUCUUCUUAAUGGACUUCAGUUUAAUUGAUAUUCCUCAUGGUACCUUGCUUGAGGUCUUCGCUCCUUUCUCAGAGGUUCUUAAAGAUUUGUGCAGUAAUUCAGGAGAAAAUUUUGCCAAGCUAGAUAUGGAGAAUUGGAAACAAUCCCAGGAGCCCAUUGUAUUACGCACAUGGACAGUAGAAUCCUCUCACAACUAUGCAAACAAUUGUCAUGAGACAACUGUUUUUACAUUUCCUGGAGCAACAUAUUUUGAGGUGGAUUUUGAUGAAAAAUGUGCAACUGAGAAAAGGUACGAUUACUUGGAAUUCACUGAUGCCAGAGGAACAAAAGUUCGCUAUGAAAGCAAGGUGGGCACAGAAAAAUGGCCCAAGAAAGUGACCUUCAAGGCUGGUCCACGACUGCAGUUCCUGUUUCACUCUGAUAGCAGUACUAAUGAAUGGGGCUACAAGUUCACGGUGACUGCCUAUGGCCUUCCUGAUGUUGUGGUUUCGUGGGGCUCUGACCUACUUCUGCUUGUCUCCAAAUUAAUGGGGCGCUUGGCAUCCAGAAUUAUGUCAUUGAAAUCCACUUGUGAGCUGAGUGGUGUCACUGAACCUUUACCUGCAAACAUGAACAUCCUUGUUAAUUCUCCUCUAUGGAAGCCUGUCUUUCAACACGGUUUAUUUAAGGAGCACAGUCCUGACUUGCCAGUCAAUGAUCUUAGCUGUCUCUCCCCCAAGAGUAAACAGAGUCAAAGCUCUUCAGACAGUGAUAUCUUUAACAUCCUUAUGGAGUUUGCUAAAUGGGACCCUUCUCAGAAUACCUCUAGUACGAUGUGUGACCUGCUGAAGACCUUAGUUCAGAUGUGCAAGAAACAGACAUCUUGCAGGUCGGAUCUUGUUGAAGGCUGUAAAAUUGACCAAGCUGUGAAUGCAGCAUUUGCUGCUUUGGUAUAUCAUGUACCAGAUCUACAGAGGGCACUGAAGGGCUAUGUGGCCAGUGGAGGUCAGCUUAGUAUCAGUGAUGAACUUGUACAAGCCUAUUCACUUGCUGAAGGGAUCAGAAUUUGGAUGCUGGAAGUGAAACAGAAAUCUCUUCAGGAAAAGGUGAAUGAAAGUAAGGAGAAACAUGAUAUUGAAGAAAAAGAGAUGAGCCCAGAAAACCUUGCUAAAACUUGCAUACAGAAAAGCAUUUUGCUGCUCUGUUUUUCACCUGUUGGAAGAAAAAAAGCCAAGCCUCAUUCCAUUGAUAUAGAAAGACAACCACAGAAAAGUGGAGUAUCCCAGGACAACUUUGAUGCAGCAUCAGAUGGUGAUUUUCAGGUGCCUGAUUCUGUACAUUUGAGCAAAGCAGGUGAUUCUAGCACGUCAAGUAAACUGGCUGCUUCAGUGUCUGUAUCAGGUGAGCAAAGUCAGAAAGCAGACACGGACAGAAAAACUGUGUUAAAAUCUGAAUGCACUCAUGUAUCAUGCAAGCUCCCUUCCAAAGCAUCAGCAGUAUCCUACAGUAGAACAUCAUCUGAAAGCAUGGGAACACAUUCGGAGCCAUCUUCUCCUGCCACCCCAACCCUCAGAUCUGCUUUGGGUAGAGGAUUAUUUAGAUUGCUGUCACACAAAUCAGUGGAAGAACCUAAAGCCAUUCUCACAGUUAAAGUGAAGUAUCCCAUACUGAAGAACAUCUUGGACUUUAUAAAGGAUCAGUCAGUCUCCUGUGAAAAUGUCUUGCAAGUCCUUUCUUUAAAGAAGGCCCAAGCCAUCAGCGUUCAUCAAGUGCUAAAAGUAAUACGUCUUCAUUUGGAGACUCUGGGACAACCUCAUCUACUUCAGGCUCCUUGUGUGGUGUUUCUGUUGGAGCUCCUGACUUGUCAGAAAGACUUUACAAAUUAUUUUGGACACCUGGAGGGUUGCGGCCCCCAGCUACAUAAAGAUAUACGAGAGUCAUAUUACCAGCUUGUGCUGUUACUGGUUCAUGCUGUACGAAGCUUUAAUGACUUGGAUGAUAGGUCUUUACUUCCUGCCCUAUCUUGUGUGCAGACAUGCCUGUUGCACCUGUUGGAUAUGAGUUGGGAGCCUUCAGAUCUUGCAUUCUUCAUUGACAUUAAACUAGCUGACCUCCUGCUGACCAUGUCCCAGGAAAACAUUAGCAGUCAUGAUAGUGCAAUCUGUCAGUGGACCGAAGAGGAGGAGAUAACCGACUACGAUCAGAAUACUGAAUGGAUGGACGAGUGCCAGGAUGGGAUGUUUGAGACAUGGUAUGAAACAAUUGCCCAGGCAUCACCAGAGAUACGGAGGAAGAUGCACAUGUUCAUUGCUCGAUACUGUGACUUGCUAAAUGUUGAAAUCUCCUGUGAUGGUUGUGACAAAAUUGCCCCUUGGCACCGCUACCGCUGCCUUCAAUGCAAUGAUAUGGAUUUGUGUAAAACCUGCUUUUUGGGUGGAGUUAAACCUGAAGGACACGAAGACAGUCAUGAGAUGGUCAAUAUGGAGUAUGCGUGUGAUCAUUGUCAAGGACUUAUUGUGGGCCGUAGAAUACACUGCAACAUCUGUGAUGAUUUUGAUCUGUGCUUUGGUUGCUACUCAGCCAAAAAAUACCCAGACAGCCAUGUGCCAACCCACAGUAUAACAGUCUACCCGAUGGUGACCAUUCGGAUCAGUGACCGCCAAAGACUCAUCCAGCCAUAUUUGCAUAAUUAUUCUUGGCUACUCUUUGCAUCACUAGCACUUUACGCUGCUGACUUGGCAAACAAAAAGGAGGUAGAUGGAGAACCACUAGAAGCUGGCACAAUGUCUAGCACAAAAGCACUACAGCGACACUGUAUAGACCUGAUUGCAGACUGCCUGCUUAAGGCACAGCAGGGCAAAGGUUUACGAGCUUCUGCACUCUUGUUUCUUCUUCCGGUAAGCGAACCUGUUUUAGAUGCCAAAGCUGCAACUACCAUUACUUCUACAGAAGAGAAAACAGAAGUGUGUAAAGAUUUGGAUAGCAAAGCAGCUUCCAACACUGCUGGUAGUUCAGAUGAUGCUCUCUUUUCCACUGUCAGCAAGGAAGAGAAGAGCAGCAGACCACCACCUUCUACAGAAAACACUCUUGACGCUGUGACAAAUGUACCUGCCAAUGAAUCUGUCAAAGCUGGCCCAAUAUCUGAGGUGCCAGCAGAAGAAAAGGCAGAGGCAAAGGUGUUAGCUCCCACCCAGGAACAGGUGUUUGCCGAGUAUUCUCAGGAGAGGAUUUUGGGAUUGCUUGCAGCUAUGUUACCACCUCCAAAACAGGGUUCUUCAUUUCCCUUGAUAAAUUUGGAGCAGAUUCUUCCCUUACUUUUCCAAGUUGUGAUAUCCAAUGCAGGCCACCUGAAUGAAACCUAUCACUUGACAUUAGGACUUCUUGGAAAACUGCUGCUGCAGAUCUCCCCAGCAGAUGCAGAUGCUGCAGUAACCGUAGCUCUGUCUGCAAAACAUUCUCUCUUCAGUGUUGGAGAUGGGGUUCACAUACAAGAAGGCUGGAAGACUACACAGCUUUUGUUUAGCCUUGGAGCAGUCUGCUUGGACAGCCGAGUGGGUUUGGACUGGGCAUGUUCCAUGGCUGAUAUUCUCCGAGAUCUGAACACUAGCCCUAGAUGGCGUGAAGUGAUGGCUGCUUUCACAGACCACUGCAUCAAACAUUUGCCUUUCCAGCUGAAUCGAACUAACAUAUUUACUCUCCUUGUACUUGUUGGAUUUCCUGAGGUCCUUUCUAUGGGAAGCCUCUCUGUUUACAUGGACAAUGCAGAUGAACCUCAUAAUGUAAUCAUCUUAAAACAUUUCACUGAAAAGAACAGAGCUGUUGUGGUUGAUACGAAGACCCGAAAGAGGAAAACAGUGAAAGAUUACCAGUUAGUCCAGUUUUGCGAAGAUGAGGGCAAGGAUAUGCAAUCAAAGGAGCAAGGCAAAACUCAGAACCAACUCAAGCAGUACGUCCAGCAAUUUGUAUUUAUUAUUAGUCAUUUACUUCAGACCAACAUGGACUGCAGUUAUACAGAGGCUGUAGAGGCAACCUGGGUUCUGGCAUUGGCACUGAAAGGACUGUACAACAUACUCAAGACACAUGGAGUCGAAGAGAUUCAGUCUGCAAUUUUGCAGUCAGGUUUGAUGAAAUUGCUGGUGAAGAAAUGCAGCAAAGGAACAGGCUUUAGUAAGACAUGGCUUCUUAGAGACCUUGAGAUAACUCAUGACGCUUUAAAUGCCCCAUUGCAUAUUCUUCGAGCUAUGUAUGAAUUACAGAUGAAAAAAACUGAAUCUUUUUUUCAGGAAGUUCAGAAGCGGUUUGAUGGAAAUACAAUCAAUGUAGAUGAGACUAUUCGGACUCUUGCACAGAAAUGGCAGCCAAGCAAGCGUUUGAGGUCAGAGGAGAGCAGUGGUAAAGCAGUGGACACAGACAUGAUCAUCGUUCCUUGUGUUUCAAAACCUGUACCCUGUGAAAAAGCAACAGAAGAAACAAACCCAGUGACUCAGAAACUUGUAACAAACACAGAAAGUGACCUACAGCUCAGCUGUGCCAAACAGCGCCGCACAAAGAGUUCAAUGCUCCUACACAAAGAACUGGACACACGCAAUAAGAAGUCUAUCAGAGAAUAUUUAUUCAAAGUGAAUGAGGCCAUUGCAAUCCUUUAUGCAAGGCAUGUAUUGGCCUCCUUGUUAGCGUACUGGCCCAGUGGAGUAGCAGUGACUGAAGAAGCACUGGAACUUACUGGAGCUUCUCAUAUGGCCUACAUCUUAGACAUGUUGAUGCAGCUGGAAGAGAAACAGAUGUGGGAACAAAUCCUGAAGAAACUGCUGCAAGGGUGCAGUGAAAGUAUGCUUGACACAUUGGCUUUGACAGCCUGCCAAUUUAUGGAGGAGCCAGGUAUGGCAGUCCAAGUAAGGGAAUCGAAGCACCCAUAUGACAACAACACAAACUUUGAGGACAAGGUUCAUAUUCCUGGAGCACUGUACCUUUCUGUGAAGUUUGAUCCUGGUUGUAACACAGAGGAAGGUUGUGAUGGUUUACUGAUGUCAAGCAGCAGUGACUUCAAGCAAGAUGAGCAUAGCUUCAGUGGCUCAUCACAAAAGUGGAUAGACUUUGAAAUUCCUGGAGACACCUUGUAUUACCGUUUCACUUCCGAUAUUAGCAACACAGAAUGGGGCUACAAGUUUACAGUAUCUGGAGGUCACCGUGGAAGGUUUCAAACAGGCUUUGAAAUCCUGAAGCAAAUGUUAUCAGAUGAGAGAGCUCUUCAGCAUCUCCAGUUAAAAGAUAUCUGGGAGUGGCAAGUAGGUGUGGCUUGCCACCAGACAGGAUUCCAGCGUCUGAAAGCCAUUCAUUUGCUUUUGAGAAUUCUGCAGUGUCCUCAAAGCAAUUGCAACUUGAUCUUGCUGAAACCUCUCUGGCAACUUUUUACAAACAUGGAAAGUAGUUUGUGCCAAGAGUCAAACAACACUGGGAUCCUUCUACCACUACACAGAGCACUGACAGAACUGUUCUUCAUUGCAGAGAACAAAGCUUUGGAACGUGGAUGUCUGCAGGAGUACCUGCUAGCCCUGACAACAGAGGAUCAUCUUCACCGUUGCACUGUGCAGGCAGUUAAAAGUAUUGCUGCUAUCAGCCUUGCUAUAGACUACGAGAACAAAGCCACUGAGUUGUUGAGUGCAUCAUCCUGACUUUUACUUGGACCUGCUGUAAAUGGCAAGGCUGGUAAUUGUGCCUUUGAGCAUGCUGUUGGCUGAGUCCUGUGACUGGUGGUUCCUGCAUAUGAGAAUUCAAUGUCAGUGAAACAUUACAAGUUGCACCACCCUCUUCUACUGGACUUAUAUUCACUGAUGAUCUUUUGUGACAAAAUAUAAUCAAGGCAAAUUUUUUAACUCUGUCCCGUCCCCAUCCCACCCUCCAAACAGUAGGUACUGGCAGUGAAAUUAGACUAAAAAAAAAAUAUAUAUAUAUAUAUAUAUAUAUAUAUAUAUAUAUAUAUAUAUAUAUAAAUAAUGAGGGCAAGUGCACUGAGCAUUUUACACAACUUUCUAAAACAAUCUAGUUUCUUUUUUGUAAAACCACUACUAUCAUUUUUGACACAUGGAAAUACAGUAACACAUUCCAAAAUAUUAUAUUCUGUACAUAUUGAAAGUAAGGCUUUUCUCAGUAAAAUAGGGCAUAUCUAUAUAUUCUAGAUCUGAUAAAAUGCAGGUUCCCUCUAAAUGGAGGGUGUUGGUCUUCUCUGCAGCAUGUCUAAGGAUCUCUCAUUUUUGUGUAAGAGAACACAUGGCCAUUGUGUAAGCAUUGUGUCAGCAGCAUUUUCUUAACCAAAGAGACUUUACACCACCUGUCACUGUCUAUUGAAGUACUCAUCUGCUGGCUGAAAUGGCAGAGUGAUGGUACAGCCAUUAAGGCACUGUAUUCUUUGACAUAAUUUAAGCAACUACCUCUUUCCCCUUUCAAAGCUGCAUUCCACAUACCAUAAACUGACAAAGAAUAUAAUUUAAGUGUUGAAAUGUUGUAUAACAGCUCUUGUGAUGCCUUCCUUCACUGUUUUGGGUUGUUACUGAACGUGUUUUAUUGCAUGUUCAGCCAUCAGAGGUUAGUGCACUCUAUGCAAAAUGAAGCAUGUGUUCCAUACAGUCUAUGAUGGUCUGCAUUGAUUGACUGAUUGAUCACCAUCUAAAUAUGUACAUGAAAAUAUUUAAUGCAUUGUUUUGGUUCAUUACAUUUUACAUUACAGAAUUUUGCUGUCAGAGGUUAUUAAUGAGUUUUUUUUUUCUAUUUCAUUGUAGGCAGUGAUGCAGGUAAUCUAAAAUUAUUUUGUUAUAUAUUGCUGAAACGACACUAUCAAAAGUGCUGUUUAUUUAAAAAGUAUAUAUAAUAUAUAAGAAUCAGUAAAUAAAAGUGCUAAAAUUUUGUUUGGAACAUUUUUAAAUGCUUUUGUCCUUGGCUGUGUGUCAAGACAGUUUUAAGUGUAUAAAGAUUGUUUCAAUUCAUUUUAGCUGAUUAAAGCCUUACUAGUUUGUGCAGAAAUGUUCUGUAUUAUCAGUUAAUGUUGCUUUUCAAAUUCAGACUCCAUAGCUGUAUUCUUGAAGUGGCUUCUUGCACACAAUGCUGGCUGUUACUUCCUCUGGUGUAGUGUUCUGCCAGCAUAUGCAGACAUUGCUUCUUCCUUAGACAUGACUACAGCUUUGCUGUGUCAUUUGUUAAUGACUGUCAAGAUUGUUUGCUUUGAAAUUGCAUCCCAGAUGAUGUCUUAGUGUGCUGAGUAGAAAGCACCUUUGGUGCCUUUGAGAGAUUUUCAUGAAAAAUUAGUAGAAGUCUUUUGCAAAAUAGACCUUGAUUCCUGCCAGUUGAAAUCCUAUGCCUAGCUCAGAGCCCAUUUUUGCCUGACAAAGUACAACUAUCAUUGGCUGUCAGAGAAGCAAACUAAUCAUAGGUAAUUAGAAAUAUAUAUGAGGAAGAUAGCUUUUUUUUCAGAAGGCUGUACAGAGGGUCUAUAUAAUUUAACUAAAAAAACUUGUAUUACAAAACCCAAACGAUCUCAUGAUGGGUCUAGUCACUUUCAGCAUGUCUAAGCUUUAAGUUAAUAAUUCUUAUGAAUUAGUACUGUUUACAUGUUAAUUUCAGACAUGCUUCUAUCAUGGUUCUUCAUUUUUGUAGUGUGACUCUGCUUUGCCACGUAGUUUAACAAAGAUAUCUACUCUCAGGUCACAAAAACUAUUCAGGUUGUCUGAUAACAGUAAGUGUCAUUUUUGCAAGCAUCAACGUGUGACAUUGUAUUAUAUUGUCUGUGUUUUGCUCCAAAGAGUCUUGAUGUAUUGUUAUUUAUAAGUGCCUUAUCAUCCCUAACGAAAUCAGGAUUUUAUGUUGUGUUCUGAAAGUAAAAAUGAAGAUUAACAAAGUAAAGCAUUUUAAAAUGAGUUUUUAUUCAGAAUUCCAAAGUGGUUCUCUGUAAGAGUACAGGGUUACAGCUUUGAUAAUUCUAAGCUGCCCAUCUCUUUUUCUACAGUUUAAUAUGUUGACUUUUCUCAGGUUUUGGCUUAUAAACUAACAAUUCAUUUUUAACUAAUUUUUUGUAAAGAUAUACUUUGAGCUAGGGCUGCUUUUUUAGAUUUGUUACAGAAGCAGGGUCACGUCUGAUUUUAUUUUGGGAUGCAGAUGUAGUUGUCAUGGUUUUGAUGCGCUGAGCUUUCUGUGAUAGCUCUUUAAGUCAUGCUGGUAAUUUAAUAAAUGAGGAAAAUGCUUUUUGUUUGUGUAUUCCCUGACUCCCUCCCACCCCCACCAUCAUUUUUAAUAAAGAAAAUAGCACUGUCUUAAAAUGUUUUGAUUGCGAGGAGCAGACAAAUUGUCCAUGUUGAACAGGCAAAUUAAUACAUCUGCUAGCAUACUUCUGAAGUCCAACAUUGAGGUAUGUGACUCAUAUGAGGUGAGAAGGUAGAGACCAAUUACAUUUUAAACUAUAAAUACUUUAAAUGAUUUUUAAUGUUUUAUUAACUACAAACAAAGAUUAGUGAAUGUAAUGAUACUGUGUUUUGCACUUUGUUUCAAGUUUGAUCACGUGGAUGUGCCUAGUUUGUAACACAUUGCACUACAUUUUUUUAAGUCAUCCUAAACAGUUUGCUCAAUGCUUCCCCUUUUUGCGCCCCUUCCAGGGUGAGAGCUAGGCAUCUCCCAUACUGGACGAAAGACAAGCGCCCCAUUUUUUUCCCACCUGAGGGACUUUAUUAAACGCAUUCAGUCCCCUGGAAAGUCAUUAGGGAAUGAACCAGAUACUGAUCCCAUAAAGGUCUUGUGAACUCAGUGGAGGGUACUGGUAUACAUUCAUUUGAUCGGCCGGUGGAUGGCCGAUCGUAAAAUGUUCAAAAGCAGUGCAGCAAAUUCUCAUAAUUGCGAACGCAAUUGCUGCGUAACGCAAAAUACCCCCCUUCCUUUGACCCAUUGUAGCACUUAUUUAGGUGGUAGAGCAGUUGGAAAUGUCGCAUUCGGUGUUUUGUAAGAUAUUCUGACCGUUUGCCACUGAGAAAUUCGACAUUUACAGUCGGUGUUAUACCCAAUUGAGGAAGGUUUGGUCGCUCAAAUGAGUGUAUUCUGAGGCUACUACAUUGGGGGAGGAGAGAGUUGUGCUUCCAUAUAUUCCUACUGCCUCAACUCAUCAGUGCACACACCAUUGCAACAGCACAGGCUUGCAUGACUUUUUUUUCCACAGAUGAUUGCCCAUCUACUCUAUAUGUUGCUAAAGUGGCAGGCAUAGCUGUCUCCUUCCACCUGGUAUAGGGUGCUCAGUCUCAUUUGUGUGCUGCUAGCCAAACAGGCUGCAUGUAUUAUAGGACUUCAUCCCUCUCUGUCACUGGGCCAGGCUUCAAGUUUUAUAUGAAAACGUUGUGAAAUGUGUCCUCCAACCAUAUUACAAACCUGAGCAUGUAUUUAUACAUCUUUUCCUCUCUACGCUGUAGUAUUUUUGUUUUCUGAACUGCAGCAGUUAAGAUAGGGCAGACAUUUAGCUGCUGUUUCCUACUUAUUUCUCGUAAAUAAAACUGAACUAGUGAAAGCGGCAGCAAUCAGGAAUAUAAAUUCAACUUAAAAGGAAUAGGGAAUAGGGCAGUAGAAUUUCAACAAGGAAUUUUGAACCACUCUAUUAUUGCAGUACCUGAGUGCUACCUUAUUUGUGGAUCAUUUUAAUUCAUAUGCAGUAUAUUUUUUGUUAUGAAUAAUGGAUGGUAACAAAACAAAAAUGAAAAUGCAUAUAGCCAAAGAAAUAUGCAAAUUGCCGGAGGAGGAAGAAAUGGACAUAGUAAAGUAACUAAUAUGACAGCCAGUACCACUGAUGGAUUAGUUAAACACCCCUAAGAAAACUUUAAAUUUAUCACUUAGUAAAUAUGUGCCACUGUGGCGGUUAAAUUGUUGGCUUUACUUAACUGUUUGUGCUUUGCAAGUGUAACUGUUCAGUGUCUACUUGUUUUAUUUUACUUGUACAUGAAAUUAUCUGAAAGUUAAGAACAAGACACUGAUCAGUUCACUGUCUCUGUGUUUGCAGUUUGCAAAUAUGAGCUGAUUUAGUUUGAAAGCAUUACAAGGUAGUCAUGAAGCUAAAGAUUUCCUUUGACUGUUUUGAGUCAAGGUUCUCAUCUGUGAUAUGUAUAAUAAAUCUAUAUAUACUUUUACACUCAAAAUACAGAUUAUAGAUGCAUACUCCAUCAUCUGCGCUUUCCUCAUCUCUCUCAACAAGUAAACCCUUUGAUUGUGAAAGAGGGCUCCUAAUGUUUUUGUAUUUAGUUUGUGUUUUGUUUGUACGCACGACUUCUGAUGUGCGUAUUAGUAUUCUAAGAAAAAAAAAUCUUUUAAAUAUGCACCAACAAUCCUUGGUUUACUUGGAAAUUCACUGUUGUAUUUUUAAAUCACUGUGCAUCAACCAUGUAUGCAAAGCAUUUAACGUUUUCCUGAGUCCCAUUUUCUUCCAUAUUAUAUAUUAUAAAGCAAUAUUCUAUGAUUUCUCUUUCCAUGUCAUGUGUUGUACAGUAUGCUUGUCUCUGCUCUUACUAAGCAAGGUAUGCUAUGAUGCGUUGGCAUUUUUCAUGAUCAUCCCAUGAAAAUGCUAUAUAGUUAAGAGUCUUCCUCAGUGUCAGAGAUAAAUAUCUGUUUUGUCCUUUGUUGACCAGGUAAACCCAUUAUGUGCAAUUGCCUUUCUUCAGGGAUGACCCUGUUUUGCUCUCUAGUUAACUAAUUUGCUCGGAGUCACACCUUAUUUGUGAGUUUGUACUGCUGUUUGUGUUCAGUUUUGCUUUUCUUUGUACACUUCAAAUGUUCAAGAUAGUAUUUUGAAGAAUAACUUUUAUUUUGUCUUCAUUUCUACAUUCACUGGAUUUAAGUGGAAACUGUUGGAUUAAAACUUAUACUUAAAAUAACUACAAGUUGUAUCUAGUUAAUAGUUCCUCAAAUUAAACCACUUGGCCAUUUUGCCAACACUGAAAUAUUUGUCAGAAUCUUUUUCCAUGCUGCUUAUUUAUUUAUUUCUUUGUGUCUAUAUCAAAACAGCGAACGCUAUUCUGUCGAACUAUAAAGUUCGAAAGCCAAAAAUGUCGAAGUCACGAAUCAGCUAAUUUUUUCCCCAAGGAAAAAAUUUGCUGCUCCAAAAUAUAUAUAUAUAUAUAUAUAUAUAUAUAUAUAUAUAUACACACACACACACACAAAUUGGGGGGCUUCUCCCCCCACACCCCCGAUGUGGGGUUAUGUUUCCCCCACACACACCCAACUUAAGUAUACAAACUCCGAGAUCGCACCACAGUAGACAAAACAGCGAAGUCCCGAGAAAGGCCCAAUCGCUGGUCCGUGACUUUGACAUUCUCAGCUUUAGAACUUUGCAGUUCGACAGAAGAGCGUUUGCUAUUUUCAAUGUUCGCUCUUCUGAUAGGGAACCAUUUCUUUAAAUAAGGAAGGCAUUGGUAACUUACUGACUUAGUUUCUAUCUGCCCUGUGUGCUUUUUGUAAUGUUUGGCACUUUAAAGCUGGUUAAAACAAAGUUGGAAGACUGUUUAGAAGUGGAAUUGAUAAGAUGUAAAUUUCUUUCUAGUUGUUAUCUUUGAAUAUUUAAUAUCUGUUGUCCAAAUACAGUUUUAUAUGUCAUUUAGGGAUUUGUAGUUGCCAUAUGGCCAGUUUUGUUUGGGAGCAGAACAUAGGGAGAUAGAUUUUGUCUGCACUCCAUUACAAAGCCAAUUAAUUGUUCUACGUUGUCAUCAUUAGGAAUGGCAUAUUUAUCACUGUUUCACAGACAGUGUUAAGACAACCCAUAAAUUACCUGUACAGAGGAGUGGAAAGAAGCAAAGCUGCCAACUUAACAUCCCAGUCUGCAGCAGCCUAUUUGGAUUUGCUUCAGUCAAAAUAAUAAACAUUUGUCAAGAGUCAGUGCACUUCAAUGCAUGCUUAUCUGUAGCUGAUUUGGGGUGUAGGUAGCUGGAUUGAUUGUAACUUGGCAAAAACUGCACUUACAAAUUUUGACAGCCAGCAUCAAGUACAUUAAUAAUUUUUUCCUAACCCACAAUUGUGGCGUGAACUCACACAUGAUUAUGUCAAUUAAGGGACUGUGUCAUCUGUAUGGAUAUAUGUGGGGGCAGAUAAACAGUUUUGUUUAUUGGUCAGUGUGUAAUUUUGGCCAUCUUACAAUCGGUCUACCUAGACUCAUUGAUUUGCACUAGUUUAAUGUGUUUAUACUCAUUGUUUCUAUUUGUUAAACUGUUUUAUGUACCUGACUUGGUGUAAGGCACCUUGACUUUGAAAGAUGCCAGAUGAAUAAAAGUCUAACAUGCAUUACAAA